GAAACACCAGAGAAACAAAGAGAUGGCGCGGCUAAGCGGGCCUCCCUGUAAAUUCGACAGGUGAAUAUUAUCACUCUUUUACCUGUGGAGUGCAGACCUCUCGUUUUGUCCGGCAGCAGAGCAAAGCACAGCCUCCGCAGAGCCGCAGUUCGCUAGACGACGGCUAACAGAAAGAAGUGGCGGGCAUACCAAAGUCAUUCGUAAUUUCAUCGAGUAAAAGUCGUUUACAGAGGAAGUUCAGUGUCCAGACGUUUUCGGUGGUAGAUACUUUACGUACAGUGGCUGUGACCAGUGCCUAACCAUCCCCUGAGGGAUAUUAACGUUUUAUGGGGAACGAGAUAGGCUUAUCGACACAGCAAUAAGAAGAAAAGAUGGACGCGGACAGCAGCUACGGGGGCAGCGACACCGCCCAGGACUCGCAUUCCGCCCACGAGCUCAGCACAGCCUCCUCCCUGUCGGCGGACCCCCACCCCCACGAAAAACUGACAACCGCCGUUCACGUGAUUGGCCCACCCGCCCCCGACGACCAGCCACCCCGCCAAUUUUACCACAAGAACGAGAUCACGGUGCCGGUCAACGUCGAUCAAACGGAUUUCCAGCGCAGUCCUCGAUUGCCGCACUACCUGGCCACGGCCAAAUUGAACAUCGGCGAGUCGCUCGAGCACCACAGCAAUCUGGAGGAGAUGAGCCGGAAUUACCGCAGCUCGAGCAGACUGAACGAGAUCCCCUGCGACGACGGGGCAGGGGAGGAGUUGGGGGGCAUCGAGAAUCCCGCCUUCGCGGACGAGGGGAUGCCCCCCCACCCGGGUCCCGUCAAAAGCACCUUCAAGCCCUACAACGGCGAUUUGCACCACGACAAGACUCACGGACGAGACGCGAGUUGUUUGAACAAAAACGAAGAACCACUAACGGAGGCGGUGAACUUGGAGCUGAUCAAUCUGAAGCCGGUCGGUCAGAAUCAGAAGAAGAACGGCUCCGCCUCGGAGCCCUACGACGUGGGGAAUGGCAUGACGACGAUACCGCUCAAGAAGGAGACCGACAGAGACAUCGGGAACCCGUACGACGAAUAUUUCGUGCCCGUAAAUGAACACCGCAAAUACAUGAGGGCAUGUAAAUGGCAACAUAGCAACACUGAUUCGGCUAUCGUACGUCUCCACCAGUCUCCGCUGGAAUAUCUGAACAGAUUGAGAGCUGAAAUUCAUUAUGCCCUGAACUGUAUAACGGUGAGCGGUGCUCUAAGUAAAUGCCAUGUUGCCAAAUGUCAUUCCUUCUUUAAAACUCCUAUAUCUAACGAUUCGAUAAACAAUCGGUACAAAGGUGAAAAACUAUAUGUUACCAAAGACAACCGUGUAGAGAAAAGCAGGAGCAAGUACAUAUGUUGGAUAAUCUGUGUUUGUCUAGCCGUGGCUGCUCUUAUAAUAGGAAUACUGGCUGCAGUUCCUAGAGCAAUUGAAUCGGAAUUGAGAAUUGAUAAUCUGCAGUUCAAUUCAGAGUUGGCCGAUACCAACAGUUCAGAGUUCAAAGCGUUAGCCGAAACAUUGGAAAAACAGAUAAAGAACUCGCUCUUCAACAACAACCUGCUCCAGUACGGCCCUGCCGACAUAGAAGUCAAAGUCAUGGAAUUUGAGUCAGGAAGUGUCAUUGUAAAGUACCGCAUCGCCUGGAAAUUCAAAGAAGGCAUUCACAGUGCCAAAGACCCCAUAGACCCUAUCUCGUUGAAACGUAAACUGUCCGAAUCUCUGCAGAAAAACAACGAUCUGAUGGGCACCUUCCACAUACCGGAAAACUCGCUCUCUGCCGGGAAAAUCCUCGACAGGUGCAAAAUUGAGAACGACGGCUGCGAGCACGUUUGCAUCUUCGACUACGACCUUGUCGAUUUUGCUUGUCUUUGUCCAGAUGGGAAGCGAUUGUCCCACGACGGGAAAACUUGCAUUGUCAUGGAUUCGGUACCUCUCGAACCGGAAAUACGCAAUUUCGGAAACGAAGGUCCGACAGAUCAUCCCUUCCUACGUGCCGAAGAAGAAUCGCAUGCCAGGCACAACUUCAAUGAUUACGAAAUACCAGCUGAGGUUGAACCAGAGCCUUCCGUAGAACCAGAACCUGCAGCCAAACCAGAGCCUUCAGCCGAACCUGAGCCUUCAGCAGAACCAGAGCCUAUAGCUGAACCAAAACCGGUAUCAGAGCCAGAACCCACAAAGAAACCAGAUACAGAAGCUGAACCAGAACCGGAACCAGUAGCAGAACCGGAACCAAUAGCUGAAGGUAAACCAUCCCCUGAGCCAGAGCCAACAGCAGAACCUCAACCAGAAAUAAAAUCUGAAAUAGCAGAAGUCAUACCUUCAGCAGAACCAGAACCUUCUGCUGAGCCAGAACCAGAACCUUCUGCUGAGCCAGAACCACAACCUACUGCUGAACCAGAACCACAACCUUCUGCGGAGCCAGAACCCCCAUCGACACCAGAACCAUCUCCAUCUGCAGAACCCGUACCAUCGUCAGAGCCCACACAUGGUCAAUCGGAAAAUAUGAAUCUUGAUGUUGUGAACAAGAACAUUGAAUCUACUACAUACACAGAACUGAAUAUGCAUCACUUGCAGAAUUUCUCUGAUGCAAGUAUGAAGGAGACCGCUGCGGAACAUGAGAGUACUGCUGAUCGAUCUAUAGAAGGCUUGGAGCAGUCAACACACGAACAUAUCAUAAUGGCUGUUACCCCCGAACAUACUACUGAAUUCACUUCAGAUUCUGAAAAUCCUAUGCAGACUUCGAUAUCACCGGUAGAGUUACCACAAAACGAUUUUUACUAUGAUUCAUCGAUUGGGCUCCAAAAAGAACAAAACGAAACCGAAAAUCACACAGAGAAGCAAGAGGAGCACUUGUUCUUGCAAGAGGAAAACGUUUCUCACAAAAACAUGCUGGAUAUGGGGCCAGACGAGUUGGACCAGGCCAUGCACGAGCUGGGCCUGAUAAGAGUGGUAACUCCAGUUGCAGAAGUGAUAACCACACAAUCGACUGCUGAUCGUUCAUAUCACAGAGUCACGGAAAAUUCAAUAGGGAUAACAGUCGUUCCAGAAGUUGAAAACACCCAGGCAUCUACUUCGAGUAGGCUGAUGGAGAAUUCAACAAGUGUGCCAUCUAUUGUAACACCUGUUGCAGGCGUCAUGACCACACAUUCUACUGCAGAUUCGGAUCACAGAAUCGUAGAAAAUGCAAUUGAGACUGUUGUUACCCCAGUUGCAGAAGUAAUAACUACACAGACGACUGUUCAUUCAAAUCAGUCAAAUUACCCUGCUGUGGACAAUUCGAAUGGUGAAACAAACGCAAAUGAUUCGACGAUAAACGUUAUCCAGACCCAAGAAAUCCAAAUUCAAAACAGUUCUUCAGUGAAAGAGACUGCGGCAACAACAGAAGCGAAUGAAAUAAGUUUCAGCGAAAUCAGCCGUGAACCGAAAAUACAAGAACUACAUAUGUACCAUGUGAAUAACCAAGUCGCCAAUCACACCGCAGACAUAAUGGAACAUCCGGAAAACGCUCACGACGAGUAUAAUAUGUCCCCCUUUUUGCCCGAAUUGGAAAACGAUACAUUCAUCAAUUCUCUUCACUACGACGAACAUUUCUUCGAUCACAACAACGUAGGAGAAAGUCACGAAAAUAUAAGCGUGACCAAACCUCCGACCCUCGAGUUUGAUCAAUUGAAUCACACCAAUCCCUUCGACAACAAUACUUCCGACGCUCUUGGAGUAGCACCCUUAGAAUCUGGAAAUAUGGAUAUCAUUCCUGGAGAGGAAACAACCACAGACCUAACGACCACUGUGGAAACAAUAAGUGAUGAGCAAGAUACAACUACAAGAGUAGAAAACGUUGUAACCGAAACGAAUACCAUAGUAUCCCAAAAUGAAACGACCACUGAUGUUCCUACUAUGGAGGCAUCAAUGGAAACUGAAACAGAAAAUACCACCUCCACAGAGAAAAUUAUGUCAUCGGAUAAAGUAAUAGAAACAGACCAAGGUAUGCCCACUGAAGCAAUCGCAGAGGUGACUACAACACAAAUCGAUACAAAUGAGCACAAUGCUAAUCCAGUUACUGAAAUUGUCGGAACAACAAUCAAGAGCCAUGUAAUUAUUGACGGAGAAACAACAACCCAAGGUGGAUUUGAUGAGAUUAGCAUCAUCAUGAAUACAAGUGAUGCUAAAAACGAUACUGAGAUGCAUCAGACAGAAAAUUCAAAACAGUUAGAGGAAACGUCAACAAUCCCUGCAUCCAUAGGAAUAACCACUCUUCCCUCAGAUAUCUUGAAUAACAUACACAGCAAUUCGUUUUUUGAAAAACACGCCGAAAUGGACAGAAAUGGAAGUCAAAAUGAGAAUUCUGACUGGACAAGCACUAAAAAGACAAGUAACUUCAACGAACUAAGCUCCAGUACAGAGGACUUGUUAGCGCUUGAAACUACGACGAACAAUUUCAAAACUCGACACGAAAACAAACAUAAUAAUAACACAGAGAUGCCAAAUGAAACGUCUACAAUCAACGCAGAAGUAAUUGAAACUGCAACUACCAUAGUCAAUUUCAACGAACAAGAAACUAACGAAAUAUCUACUGCCUCAUCAUCACCUUCAUCAGUUUACCAGGUAGAAGAAAAAGUAGCAGAUUUCACAACUACAGAAAAAUUAUUCGUUUCUCCUAAACCGACCUCAGAGAUAUCGCUAGAAGAAGGAGAAGAAGAUCUGUCAGUAGUUCCGCUCAGCGAAUACUCUCGAGACGCUUUCAACGAAAUAUCAGACGACAACACUAGAGAAACGCGAGUUUCGGACCAGCAGGUCAAUAAAGUGCAUGUACCAGAUGAACAUGCUAAAGAAGUGCCUAUAAUCAAAGACGUGUCUUCUCAAGAAAACGCAGCCAAGCCGGUGACGGAAGAUUUCGAUCUUCCCAAAUUCACGAGAUGCCGCAUCGGGCAGUUCCAAUGCGUCAACGGCACUUCUGUCAAAGAUGGCAACUAUUGCAUCGCGAGCAGCGAUCGAUGUGACUCGAUUUUGGAUUGCAGUGAUGGAUCAGACGAGGUAAAUUGCGAAGCAGAAGGCUGUCCUAACAAUUUCCAGUGUACUAGCAAACAAUGCUUGAAAAGACACUUAGUAUGUGACGGAAUCCUCAACUGCAACGAUGGAACCGAUGAAAUCGAUUGUGAUAAGUGGACAUGCAAGUUCGACGAAAUGUCUUGUGGACCAUUGCAAAGGUGCAUCCCGAUAUCGUGGAAAUGCGACGGCAAAUCCCAUUGCCUGGAUGGCUCAGACGAGCACAACUGCCACCCAAAUUCGUGCUCAGACGAGUCCUUCCACUGUUCCGAACAGGGGAGCUGCAUCUCCGCCUCGUGGAGGUGCGAUGGAAAACAAGAUUGUGCGAUGGGAGAAGACGAGAAACUGUGUGAUUGUAGCAAUGAUCAGUUCAAAUGCGAGAUCGGAGGUGGAUGCAUACCAAAGACAAAUCGCUGUGAUGGCAUUGAGCAUUGUGCAGACAAAUCUGAUGAGUGGAACUGCCUUCGUUUGGAAGUCAUCACUAAUAAUUCCUCCAAUGAAAUCAGUGCUAAGAAGAUUCUACAGGUCCAGGCAGAAAACAGCACGUGGUACCCGAUAUGCAUGGAUUGGGCACUAUGGAACACCACCUAUGCAGAUUUAGCUUGUCAGAGCUUGGGAUAUGCCGGUUCCACUUCACUAGAAUCUGUGCCCAAGCCAGAAGAAGUGGAAUCCAAUGAGAUUUACCAGCUGAAGUCAUCACAUGACAAUACAUUGCAACUGGAAAAGAAAACCAACGGUGAAUGUAGUCAGUUUACGUCGAUCAAUUGUCAGGAAUAUGUAUGUGGAAGCCCUUCAACAUUUGAUCUUCCAUCUGCACGCAUCGUAGGAGGCAACAAGGCAGCUCCCAGCCAAUGGCCAAGUCUGGGAUUAUUGUAUGACAAGAAGCGCAACAUGUACUGUACUUCAACAUUGGUCACCCCACUUUGGGCCAUUGCAAGCUACUCUUGUGUUUUUGCCAACACCCAAACUACCAUUGCCACUGACUGGAUUUUGUAUGCCGGAGGUUCCAACAAGACAGACAGUACCAGUAUGCAGAUUAGGGCUGUUCAAAAAAUUGUGGCACAUCCACAGGCCAAAUUCUCUCAGUUUGAGUUUGUCAAUGAUGUAGUUCUCCUCAAACUAAGGAAGCCUAUGAUUAUCAAUGUGAAUGUGAGUGCGUCAUGUCUUCCACAAAAGGAUAUGGAACCAAGACAACUGUGUAUAGUUUCCGGUUGGGGCGUAAAUCAGCCUGGAGAACUGGCCAUUCAACAGUAUUUACACUAUUUGCCGGUUCCUAUGAUUGAUGUUGAUGAAUGUAAUUCUACCAGGCAUUACAAUGGCAAGCUGAGUGAUGACAAAAUGUGUGCUGGAUACACGGAUUCUGAAAAGACACCUUGUUUUAAUGACGAAGGUGCCCCUUUGAUGUGUUUCUCUGAGGAAACAAGUAAUUGGGAGCUGCAAGGGAUAUUGAGCCACCAUGACAACUGUGGCAGCAACAGACACCCCGCCGUUUACACCAAAAUUGGUUCCAGUAUGAGGUUGUGGAUAGCAAACACAAUAGGGCGACAGGCAUUGAACCACCAGUUCAACUCUGUCAGCAGUGCAGAUGAUGAAAAUGAAACUGCCUCUGAUGAUGAACAGGGGCCUGUCAUGUACCAGUAUGAAAUGGUGGAGGCUAUUAGAACUGUCAGACGGCGGGGACACCUGCCCAAAGACUCUGUCAAGAUUCUCAAAACCUGGCUCUAUGAACAUCGGUUCAAUGCAUACCCCACAGAAAUUGAGAAGCACAUCCUUUCACAGGAGACUGGGCUGACAGUGUUGCAGAUCAGCAAUUGGUUCAUAAAUGCUAGGAGGAGGUACUUGCCAGAGAUGAUGAGGAGAGAAGGCUACGACUCGGUGCACUACACGAUAACGCGUCGCCGGCGCGCCUCCUCCUCCCCGACAGGGGAAGGCAGCCCGGUGGGCGGGGGCGGGGGCGGGUCCGCUUCGGGCACGCCCACCACCGUCUUCUACCGCAAGGCGAAGAAGCUGAUGCGCGUCGAGCGGGCGACGAGCGACGCCGAAUACGAGGUGGACGCCGACGGAUACGUGGAGGCGGUGCAGGGCGGCCAACAGGUGGUGACGCGGGUGGGCGUGGCCGGCCCAACCACGUCCACGCCCAUGCGCGGCCGGAAGUUCAAUCCGUGGAACGCCGACAUCCAUUAUGGGUUGACGGUUAAUCCGGAGAGAAGGCCUGAAACAGUACAGGUGGUGCAACCACAACCAGCUGUCAUACAAACCACCUCUAGUGGUCAAGUGAACACCUCCAACCCAUUCCCUUCGAAUUUGGUCGUCGUGAAAACAGCUUCCGGCAAAAACAUCGUUCUAAAAGUGGUCUCACAGUCCACCGAGUCUCCAAAGACGUACCUGUUGAAAACGGCGAAAAAAUCCGCUCCCGUCGUGGCUCCCGUGGUCGAAGUGGUGAACGAAGUGUCUCCAGAAGAACAGUUGUCCAUCGAGCAGCAUUUCAUCAAGCAGGAGGCGCAGGAGUUGCAGGAGGAGGUGGAGGAACAAGAUGAACUGCAAGAAAUGGCUGAGGAGGAGUAUCAGGAGUACCAAGAGGUUGAGGCAGAAGGGGAACUGGAGGAGGAGCAGCAAGAAAUGGUGACUUAUGAGGAGGAGGAAGAGGAGGAGAACUCGGCCGGAGCCAACGCCCUCAUAGCUGAGGCUGUGUACGAGGACGAGGAGGCCACCGAAGAUAAUAUGUUCGUGAAUGAGGUGACGCUGGAGGAGGAGUGCAAUGAGGUGACAAUUGAGGACAAUGUGAAUGAGGUUAUGGUGGAGAGCGACGAGGUGCCGGAUGCUGAGGGCACAGAGGAGAUUUUAGUGCUGCAUGACAAUUAAUUAGGUAAAGUUAGUGUUAGUAAGGAGAUUUUGAGAAAUCGUCGAUUGCAUGAUUGGACUUGAAUCGAUUUUUUUUUAAUAAUUGAUACUUUGACGCACCGUUUCUGCUAUACAUUGUGGUAGGGAUUACACGCUAGGAAGGGCGAUUCACUGACAUUUGACCUUUUCCAACUGAAACGAACAUUUUUUCUUCCUUGAAUUUUAUUGAGGAAUAGAGAAUCGAUCUGGGAUCCAUUUGGAAUUUUUUUUUUUUUAAGAAUAAUUGUGAAUUGUCCUGUAUUAUGACCUUAUUUUAAUUUGGCCAUAGAAUGAAUGUACAUAAGUUUUUGGAAUGCCUCAUUGAGGACGUAUUUUGAUUAAAAAAUACUAUUAGCUAGGCUUCUGGGAGAUUUUGGGCAAGAAUUUGUUGUUUGAAAUUUUUUCAUCAAGUUGAACUACAUUGUACAGUUAAGUAUAGGAUAUUUCUAUAGUUAUUGGUGUAUUUUUAGUGGAAUGAAUGAAUGAUUAUGUUAUUUUUAUAUUUAAUAUAAAUUUCAAUUAUCGACUUUGGUUUGUGCCUGUAAAUAUUAAACAAUAAAAUGAGUCUUUGAACUAACCUUUUUUUUAAUUUUUAGCUUAAUAUUAUAGUAUCUUUCAUCUACAGGGAAACAGAUUUGUAGGCAAUAUGACUUUUUCAAAAUGGUUCUUUGCUCUUGUUAUUUCAAUUUAUUGUAAUAUAUUUACAUCCUCUGAAAUGCUU